AUUACCUCCCUAAACUCUCUCUGAGACCCUCUCUGACUUCCCUUUUACUCUCUUCACAAGCAAACUGAGAAGGAAAGGAAGCUCAAUCCGGGAAACAAAAAGAUCUCCAUUAAAGAAUUGCUUGAAAAGCUUUUCCGGGUCUUCUGUACUGGUUGGAUUUAGCUGUAACUGAAUCAAAGUUGAAGUUUUUCUUUUCUUUUUCAUGGGAAGCUAAAUGGGUUCUUUGGAAGUUGGGUCUAUAGUCAAGAGGGACCCUCUUCUUCGGUCUUUAACAGGUAGAGCUGAAAAGAACCCAUUUUUACAGAGGCAAAGAUCGAGGUUCUCAAGGUUUUUUCUCUUCAAGAAGCUUGAUUACAUUCAAUGGAUUUGCACUGUUGGGGUAUUCCUCUUCUUCGUGGUUCUCUUCCAGAUGUACUUACCUGGGUCAGUCGUGGAAGAGUCAAUAAAGACUUUGAAAGAGGAUGAAUUCAGUUCUGGAGAUUUGAUGUAUCUAAAACAGUAUGGAAUGUUGGAUUUUGGUGAAGACAUUAGAUUUGAGCCUUCAAAGAUUUUGGAAAAGUUCAAGAAAGAAAAUAAAGAAGUGAAUCUAUGUAAUGCUUUCAACCGGACCCGACUGCGUUAUCCACAUAGAAAGCCCCAGCUUGCUUUGGUAUUUGCAGAUCUCUUAGUUGACUCUCAACAGUUAAUGAUGGUGACUGUUGCAGCUGCAUUGCAAGAACUUGGCUAUGAAAUUCAGGUUUAUUCACAUGAAGGUGGCCCUAUGCAUGAUAUUUGGAGAAAAUUAGGAGUUCCAGUUAGCAUUGUUCAAACAUGUGACCGAGCAGAUAUUACUGUGGACUGGCUAACCUUUGAUGGAAUACUUGUGAAUUCCCUUGAAGCAGAAGGCAUGUUUUCCUGUUUUGUGCAGGAACCUUUCAAAUCUUUACCUCUUGUAUGGACCAUCCACGAUGGAGCACUUGCUACUCGUUUGCUAAAGUACACAUCAAAUAAGCACAUUGAAAUUUUAAAUGAUUGGAAAAGAGCCUUCAACCGCUCUACUGUUGUUGUCUUCCCAAACUACGUCUUGCCGAUGCUUUACUCAAGUUUUGAUGCUGGAACCUUUUUCGUUAUUCCGGGUUCUCCAGCUGAAGUAUGGAAGGACAGUCUUGUGGCAUCAGAAAAUAAUAUUCUGCGUUCCAAGAUGGGAUAUAGUCCUGAAGACAUUGUAAUUACAGUAGUUGGAAGUGAACUUUUGUACAGGGGUUUGUGGCUGGAGCAUUCUAUUGUUUUACGGGCUUUGUUACCGCUUCUUGACCACCUUUCAUCAAAUAGUGAUUCAAUUUCUCAUCUUAAAAUCAUUGUUCUAAGUGCACAUUCAACAAGUAACUACAGUUUGGCCAUUGAGGCCAUUGCUCUCAACUUGAAGUACCCACAUGGAAUUGUGAAACACCUACCAAUGGAUGAUGCAGAGAACUUUCUCAUCACAUCUGAUGUUGUGCUUUACGGAUCUUUCCUUGAAGAGCAAAUUUUUCCAGAGAUUUUGAUCAAAGCCAUGAGUCUUGGGAAACCAAUCAUAGCUCCUGAUAUCUCCAUAAUAAAGAAAUAUGUUAAUGACAAGGUGAAUGGCUUCCUUUUUCCAAAGGGUAACGUUAAGGUUCUGUCACAAGUCUUAUUGCAAGUUAUCUCAAAGGGAGAGUUAUCACCUUUAGCUCGCAAUAUGGCUUUGGCAGAAAGAAGUACUGCUAAAAAUCUGAUGGUGUCAGAAUGUGUUGAAGGAUAUGCGUUGCUUCUUGAAAAUAUUCUGAAGCUCCCAUCAGAAGUUGCACUUCCAAAAGCUGUAUCAGAAAUUCCUCUCAAUUUAAAAGAUAAAUGGCAAUGGCAUUUGUUUGAAUCAGUCUCAAACUUGACGAACUGGAAUAAAUCAUUGAGAACAUACACUGUUCUGGACAAAUUUGAGGAGCAGUUGAACCGUAGUCAACUAGAAAAAUCUGGUUCUGUAUCUGCAAACGACGAUUCAUUUAUAUACAGCCUAUGGCAAGAAGAGAAAAACAUUGAGAUUGCUAAUGCUAGAAAAAGAAGAGAGGAUGAAGAGCUGAAGGAUAGAGCUGAUCAAUCUCAUGGAACUUGGGAAGAGGUAUAUCGAAAUGCCAAAAGGGCUGAUCGAGCUAAGAAUGAUUUGCAUGAAAGAGAUGACAGGGAGCUUGAAAGAACAGGACAACCCCUUUGCAUAUAUGAACCUUACUUUGGUGAAGGAGCCUGGCCCUUCCUUCACCGUACUUCUCUUUAUCGAGGAAUUGGGUUGUCAUCCAAAGGACGAAGACGUGGGGCUGAUGAUAUAGAUGCAUCUUCUCGUCUUUCACUUCUCAACAAUGCUUACUAUCGAGAUGUACUAGGUGAAUAUGGAGCUUUCUUUGCAAUAGCAAAUCGGAUUGACCGAAUACACAAGAAUGCUUGGAUUGGAUUUGAAUCUUGGAGAGUCAGGGCAAGGAUGGCAUCGUUGUCUGGUGUUGCUGAAAAUGCAUUGUUGCAUGCCGUUCAAACGCGAAGACAUGGAGAUGCCCUCUACUUUUGGGUGCGAAUGGACACGGAUCCACGGAAUCCUUUGAAACUGGAUUUCUGGUCCUUCUGUGAUGCUAUAAAUGCUGGAAACUGCAAGUUUGCCUUCUCCGAAGCUUUCAAGAAAAUGUACGGCUUAAAACAUGAUUUGACAUCUUUACCACCGAUGCCACAAGAUGGGGAUGCGUGGUCCGUCAUGCAUAGUUGGGCUUUGCCAACCAAGUCCUUCCUCGAGUUUGUCAUGUUUUCUAGAAUGUUUGUGAAUGCACUGGAUUCUCAAAUGUACGACCAACAUCAUUCAACUGGACAUUGUUAUCUCAGUUUGUCCAAAGACAAGCAUUGCUACUCACGGCUUCUCGAACUACUUGUUAACGUGUGGGCCUACCACAGCUCUCGAAGGAUGGUUUACGUGAACCCUGAGAGUGGUGCCAUGAACGAACAACACAGGUUCAAAAGUCGGAGAGGUCACAUGUGGAUCAAAUGGUUCUCCUACUCUACCCUCAAGAGCAUGGAUGAGGACUUGGCUGAGGAAGCUGACAUGGACCAGCCCGUAAAAAGGUGGUUGUGGCCGUCGACAGGUGAGGUGUUUUGGCAAGGCAUGUACGAGCGAGAAAGAAACUUACGGCAUCAGCAAAAGGAAAAGAGAAAGCAGAAGAGUAGGGAGAAGUUGGAUAGAAUGAGGCGAAGAAAUAGACAAAAGGUUAUAGGGAAGUAUGUGAAGCCCCCACCUGACGAGAUGAUGGGAGGUUUAAAUAAUACCACAGUGUCUACAGCAAAGUCUCGAUGAAUAUUAUUAACUUAGUGGUGGUGGGAUUUGGAGUAGAAAAGUUCAUUUGGUAAUUCUUUCUUCAAUUUUUUUUUUUAGAAUUCUAUUCCUUUAAUUUUUUCAAUUUUUAUGAGGGAAGGAAGGAUGCAUGUGAUUUGUAAUGUGUACGUGAGGUUUUUGUAUGUAAAAAGUGCAUCAUUCAUCUCUGGUCCAUUGAUGAUGGUGAAUAGCGUUAAAGUGUAUAUUACUUCUUUUUUGUGUUUUUUCCA